AUCAGGGUAGGUAACUCUCUUCUAGUUAUGAAAUAGGACGGCGGUUCAAGGGGAUUACUGACGAUCGGAUGAUUUAGUUAUCAAAAACGUUUUGUCAAAGGACAAAUCAAGAUGCAUGCUUGUCUAGCAAGACGAGUGAUACAGAGGACAUAUUGCCAAGGACUGUCAUGUUCUGGUUUCAGUUUGCCAGUUCGAAAUGACCAUGCACGUGAUAUGGGUCAAGGCGGUCAUCCCAGACCACUUGUAUUUGUUCAAGGGAGUCGUCAGUUUCACAGGUCAUGCAUCAACAACAGUGGGAACACUGACAGAAAACCAAAAAUAGCUCGUGGUCCGUACAGUGAUGUCACUGACGCCGAUCUUAGUUUCUUUGAGAGUCUGAUGCCAGGACGGGUAUUGACAGACCCAGCAGAUGUAGAUCCUUAUAAUAUUGACUGGAUAAAAACUUGUAAAGGUUCAAGCAAGGUUGUAUUAAAACCAAAAUCAACAGCAGAAGUGUCUGCCAUCUUGUCCCAUUGUAAUGAAAGAAAGCUGGCUGUGCAACCCCAGGGAGGAAACACCGGACUUGUUGGAGGCAGUACCCCAGUGUUUGAUGAGAUCAUACUUUCCUCACAACUUAUGAACAAGAUUAUAUCCGUGGAUGAUGUGUCAGGUGUUGUGGUGUGUCAGUCUGGCUGUGUGCUGGAGACUCUGGACAACUAUGUCGCUGACUAUGACCUUGUUGUGCCCCUUGACCUUGGAGCUAAGGGAAGCUGCCACAUUGGCGGCAACAUCGCCACCAAUGCAGGAGGAAUCCGACUUCUCCGUUACGGAUCUUUGCAUGGGAGUGUGUUAGGCUUGGAAGCUGUUUUGGCCAAUGGCAAAGUGGUGGACUGCCUGUCAUCACUACGCAAGGACAACACAGGGUAUGACAUCAAGCAGCUGUUCAUUGGCUCAGAGGGAACCCUCGGCUUCAUCACGGCUGCAUCUAUCCUGUGUCCCCAGAGGCCCAAAGCUGUCAAUGUGGCGUUGUUAGGCUGUGAUUCCUUCAGCUCAUUGCUGUCAGUGUUGAAAACAAUCAAGACCGAACUUGGCGAGAUUCUGUCAGCAUUUGAGAUGAUGGACAACGCCACUAUGGAGGUUGUGACAGGCAAUCUGAACCUGACAUGCCCUAUCAGUAACAACGCCUUCUACGCCCUCGUCGAGACGAGCGGCUCCAACGCCACCCACGAUCAGGAGAAGCUGAACGCUGUGCUGGAGAAACUGAUGGAUGGCGGUAUGACAUCUGAUGGGACAGUUGCCACGGAUAUGUCGAAGAUAAGGGCGAUCUGGCAGCUGCGAGAACGUGGUGCUGAGGCCCUGAUGGUGGAUGGGUACACCUACAAGUAUGACUUCAGUCUGAACCUGGCGGACUUCUACACGCUGGUGGAGGAUGUGAGAGAGAGGGUCGGAGCUAAGGCGAGAAGGGUUGUUGGCUACGGCCACCUUGGUGAUGGAAACCUACACCUGAAUAUCACAUCUUCAGAAUUCAAUAAAGAAAUUCUGGAUUUGAUCGAGCCAUUUGUGUACGACUGGGUAUCACAGCAUGGCGGCAGUGUCAGCGCAGAACAUGGCCUUGGCUUGUGGAAACGCAACUACAUCUACCACACGAAAUCUAGGGCAGCUGUGGACAUCAUGAGGUUGAUGAAAAAGGGGCUUGAUCCAAAUGGUAUCCUCAAUCCUUAUAAAGUACUGCCUGCAGAAUAACAUAAGACUGUGUAUUGCGUCUGCUGGAUGUGACCCAUCUUCCCGAGGCAAGGAGUUAACUGACUGUAAAAGUCAAGUUUCAACCCUUGCUGAACUAGGCUGGAAUUUCUAGUCUCCAUAGUAGCGGCACGAGUGGCUAUAACGAGUUUUGUCCCUUCUAUGUCCCUCCUAUUAACCAAUCAAGUUCCACCUCUCAUGCAUAACACUUUCAUUUGCUCAAACAAAAUCUGCAUGAAUGUUGAACCGAAUGUUGAUUUCAUUGCACGAUUUUGAUUGGAAUGUGUAUAGACUUGUUAGUCCAGCCAAACUAUAACUCCAUAAUUCCAGCCUAGUUCGGCAGGGGUGGCAACUGGACUUUUGCCUCGGGAAGAUGAGCCAGAUCACCAUGGCCACUAUGGGGGACGGUGACGCCAAGAUGCUUCAGCUGAAUAGCUUGGGUCUUGGGGUCCAGGAUUCAGAUGUUUCUAAGAAAUGAGCAGAGCUUCAAAUUGAUGUAAAUAUUUAGGGCUGAUGUGACUGGAGUGACGAGGAGCCCGGUACAGGAAACAUUGGACCAGGGGACCACCAUACAGAGCUAGAACUAAACUCAAAAGCUUUACUAAAGAUAAAGUUCCCUGUAAAUGUUAAAACAAUGGGGAAAUUAGAAAAUUUUACUAGCCCACACGGAUAUUUGUACUAGCCCACAGAAAUUGGUUCAGUCCCACAGAAAUUGGUACUAGCCCACAGAAAUUGGUUCAGUUCCACAGAAAUUGGUACUAGCCCACAUAAACUGGUUCAGUCCCACAGAAAUUGGUACUAGCUCACAGAAACUGGUACUAGCUGGCGGCAUAUUGCCCUGAAACAGCAUAUUUUGGUAAGGGCCCCUUGGCAAACUGAAAAAUAAAAUUUAAAAAUUCAAAAGAUGCAAAGACAAUUGUCAUCCCUUGCAAUUAGUGUUGGACUGCUUCCAUAACAAUCUGUUUACAACCUCAAUUCAAAAUAUAUCUUAACUUUUUAGGGAAAUAUUGGAUCAAGUGAACUGAUCAUAUUAGAACCUUUUACUGCGUAUAUCUCCCCCUCGAAACUCUAGAAUACAGAGUACUGCUCACUCAUACAGACACAAAUUGUUUGGCUGUGAAACUGACCUCUCAGGAUGAAUGGGUGUGUCUGCCAGUGUUAGAACUUAAGGAGGGUCAUGAUGUGGAGGUUUGCUGGCUUUUGAAUCUUGGCGACCCCAAAAAGUUCAACACUAAUAAUAUGUGUAUGAUUUCACUGCAACUAGUUUUUCAGCGAAGUCAUCAAAUCCAUGAAGUACUUACAGUAAUUCUCUGGUCUCAGAUGAAAUGAAUCAGCAUGUUCAUGGCAGUGUGAGACUAUGUCAGGGCAGCUUCCCGAGGCAAGGGAGGUAACUGACUGUCUACUUUUGUCGUCAGUUAACGCCCUUGCCUCGGGAAUCUGAUGUCAGGAGUGUUCAGGAGUUUUUAUUACCCAUAGGUUUAGAAAUUACCUAAUUCAUACAAAUGGUAUGUGCACUUGUGGAUGGAUAAAGAAUUAAUGGGUAAUAGAGAAAUUACUACACUCACAUGUGUGUCAUACUGAGUUUACGAAAUCGGGAAAUACAAGACUUCUGACACUCGUUUCGUAAAAUCAGUAUGACACACAUGCGAGUAUGAUAAUCUCUAUACAUUUGGUGCUUCUGUCGUAACAGUUCCUUUCAGUGAUGUGUAGUUUCAAAUUUUGGCCUACUGAAUUAUUUGUCUAUUAGUUUAGUAGAGUUAGCUCCCUUCUCAAAACCACCAGUCAUGAUCCACUACCAGAUCCCUCAUCCAACCAUGAAAGGCUCCAAAUAGUCAGCUUGGACAGUUCAGGAAAACCUGUCCACCUGACAUUACUGGCUAAUGCUGCCAAAGCAACUUUGGUGACAGUGUUAUCUGUCCUGAUAUUAUAUUGUUUUUAAAUGUAAGGCCGUCCUUUGUGGUUUACCUGCCAUGGUUGUAUUCUACACACACUCUGUAAAUCUUUCUUUUCAAAAUGAGGUUUUUGACAGGGACCCAAUGACAUUUGUAAUUUUCGAAAACUAUUAAUGGCAUUGUAUUUAGCAUUUUGAUUUAUUUAAGUACCCAAUACAACUAUAUAUAUAACAAAUGAACAUAAAUUAGUAUAUACACCAGAUCAUUUUACAUGAUUAUUGUUGAUUUUUUAAAAUAAAAAAAAUGAAUAAACA